AUGUCAGAACUUACCUUCGCCAAGUCAUUCCUCGCCGCGCUGGACUCCCGUCCUAUCAAGCUGCGUGCUGACCAUGUCUUCGACCCGGAACGAGUGGGAUUGCGAGUGCCGUACACACUCCCCCGCCUACACGCCCCGCACCCAGAGAUGCCAAAGAAAGCCAAGCAGACCAAAGCUCCAGGCUCUUCGAAAUCAAUCACCGUCAAGGUGAAGUCGGCCCGUAACCCGGUGCUUGAGUUUUCGAUCCCCAACGCGCCGCUCUCCACUACCACUGUUCAAGAUCUCAGAGAUGCUGUACGGGAACGUGUUGCCGAUACACAGGGCAACCCAGUACCACAAGACAAGAUCAAGAUUCUAUACCAUCGAAAACCAGUGUCCGGUACUGGCAAGACCAUUGCUGAGAUCUUGGCGGACGAACCGGAGAUGUUAUCUGGAGGCAAAGAGGUCGAGUUCGGGAUCAUGAUCAUUGGAGGGGCGAAGACAGUUGACGCACCAAUCGCUGAAUCUGCAGCAUCAGCGCACGAAGCCCCUGCACCUCAGCCUGUAGCGGGCUCAACUAGUGAUCAGAUACUGCACGACGAAUCAUUCUGGAACGGCCUGCAGAGUUAUUUGGAACAGCAGUUGAAGGACAAUGCGGAGGCAAAGCGAUUACGCUCGCUGUUCAAAAAUGCCUGGGCCUCGAAUUAA